AUGCCAGUUGUAGAUGCCAGUGCACCCCUAGCUGAAGAUGACAGUGUGCCCCCAGUUUUAGACCCCAGUUGUAGACCCCAGUGUGCCCCAGUUGUAGAGCCCAGUGUGCUCCUAGUUGUAGACCUCAGUGUCCCCCAGUUGUGGACCCCAGUUGUAGAUGCCACUUGUAGACUCCAGUGUGACUCUAGUUGUAGACCUCAGUAUUCUCCCAAUUGUAGACCCCAUUGUGGCCCCAGUCAUAGACCUUGUGUGCCCCAAAUUAUAGACCCCAGUGUUACACCUGUUGUAGAUGCCAGUGUGCCCCCAGUUGUAGACCCCAGUGUGCCCCCAGUUGUAGACCCCAGUGAUCUCCCAGUUGUACACUCCAGUGUGACCCCAGAUGUAGACCCCAGUGAUCUCCCAGUUAUAGACCCCAGUUUGCCCCAAGUUGUAGACCCCAGUGUGCCCCCAGUUGUAGACACCCGUGUGGACCCAGUUGUAGACCCCAACCCCAGUGUGGCCACAGUUGUAGAACCCUGCGUGCUCCCAGUUGUAGACCCCAGUGUUCCCCCAGUUGUAGACACCAGUGUGACCCCAGUUGUAGACCCCAGUGUGUCCCCAGUUGUAGACACCAGUGUGCUCCCAGCUGUAGACCCCAGUGUUCCCCCUGUUGUAGACCCCAACCCCAGUGUGCUCCCAAUUGUGGAUCCCAGUGUGCCCCCUGUUGUAGACACCAGUGUGCCCCCUGUUGUAGACACCAGUGUUCCCCCAAUUGUAGACCCCAACCCUAGUGUUCACCCCAGUUAUAGACCCCAGUGUGCCCCCGUUGUAGACCCUAGUGUGCCCCCAGUUGUAGACCCCAGUGUUCCCCCGGUUGUAGACUCCAGUGUGCCCCCUGUUGUAGACGCCAGUGUGCCCCCAAUUGUAGACCCCAGUGUUCCCCUGGUUGCAGACCCCAACCCCGGUGUGCCCCCUGUUGUAGACCCCGGUCUUCCCCCUGUUGUAGACCCCAAUGUGCCCCCUGUUGUAGACCCUAGUGUACUCCCAAUUGUAGACCCCAGUGGGCCCCCUGUUGUGGACCCUAGUGUGCCCCUGUUACCCCAGGGUGUCCCUGGUGUAGACCCCAGUGUGCCCCCAAUUGUAGACCCCAGUGUGCUCCCUGUUGUAGACGCCAGUUUGCCCCCUGUUGUAGACCCCAGUGUGCUCCCAAUUGUGGACCCAAACCCUCGUGGGCCCCCUGUUGUGGACCCCAGUGUGCCCCCAAUUGUAGACUCCAGUGUUCCCACUGUUGUAGACCCCAGUGCGCCCCCAGUUGUGGACCCCAGUGUGCCCCCAGUUGUGGACCCCAGUGUGACUCCAGUUGUAGACCCAUUUUCCCCCACUUACACCACCGUGACCCCAGUGGUAGGCUCCAAUGUUCCAUCAGUUGUAGACUCCAGUGUGCCCCCAGUUGUAAACCCCAGUGUGCCACCAGAUGUAGACUCCAGUGUGACACCAGUUAUAGACCCCAGUGUCCCCCCUGUUUUAGAUCUCAACCCCAAUGUGCCCCCUGUUGUAGACCCUAGUGUACUCCCAAUUGUAGACCCCAGUGGGCCCCCUGUUGUGGACCCCAGUGUGCCCCCAAUUGUAGACUCCAGUGUUCCCACUGUUGUAGACCCCAGUGCGCCCCCAGUUGUGGACCCCAGUGUGCCCCCAGAUGUCGACCCCAACCCUCGUGGGCCCCCUGUUGUGGACCCCAGUGUGCCCCCAAUUGUAGACUCCAGUGUUCCCACUGUUGUAGACCCCAGUGCGCCCCCAGUUGUGGACCCCAGUUUGCCCCCAAUUGUAGACACCAGUGUGCCCCCAGUUGUAGAUCCCAGUGCGAUCCCAGUUGUAGACGCCAGUGUUCUCCCUGUUGUAGAUGCCAAUGAGCCCCCAUUUGUAGACACCAGUUGUGACCCCAGUGAGCCUCCAGUUGUAGACUCCAGUGUGCCCCCAGUUGUAAACCCCAGUGUGCCCCCAGAUGUAGACUCCAGUGUGACACCAGUUAUAGACCCCAGUGUCCCCCCUGUUUUAGAUCUCAACCCCAAUGUGCCCCCUGUUGUAGACCCUAGUGUACUCCCAAUUGUAGACCCCAGUGGGCCCCCUGUUGUGGACCCCAGUGUGCCCCCAAUUGUAGACUCCAGUGUUCCCACUGUUGUAGACCCCAGUGCGCCCCCAGUUGUGGACCCCAGUGUGCCCCCAGAUGUCGACCCCAACACCACCGUGACCCCAGUGGUAGGCUCCAAUGUUCCAUCAGUUGUAGACUCCAGUGUGCCCCCAGUUGUAAACCCCAGUGUGCCACCAGAUGUAGACUCCAGUGUGACACCAGUUAUAGACCCCAGUGUCCCCCCUGUUUUAGAUCUCAACCCCAGUCUUCCCCCAGUUAUACACCCCAGUGUGCCCCUUGUUGUAGACCCUAGUGUGCCCCCAGUUGUAGACCCCAGUGUUCCCCCGGUUGUAGACCCCGGUGUGCCCCCUGUUGUAGACCCCAGUCCUUCCCCCUGUUGUAGACCCAAUGUGCCCCCUGUUGUAGACCCUAGUGUACUCCCAAUUGUAGACCCCAGUGGGCCCCCUGUUGUGGACCCCAGUGUGCCCCCAAUUGUAGACUCCAGUGUUCCCACUGUUGUAGACCCCAGUGCGCCCCCAGUUGUGGACCCCAGUGUGCCCCCAGAUGUCGACCCCAGUGUGACUCCAGUUGUAGACCCAUUUUCCCCCACUUACCCCAGUGUGCCUCCAGUUGUAGAUUCCAGUGUGCCUCCAGUUGUAGAUGCCAGUGCACCCCUUGCUGAAGAUGACAGUGUGCCCCCAGUUUUAGACCCCAGUUGUAGACCCCAGUGUGCCCCAGUUGUAGAGCCCAGUGUGCUCCCAGUUGUAGACCCCAGUGUCCCCCAGUUGUAG